AUGGUUGAAACCGAGUUCGGUAUCACGGUCUACCUGCCAACAGAUGUAGAUGCUCGGGUGCAAGCGGUCUCCCUUGGUGGCACAAUGUGCGGUAUCCGCGGGGUAGCUAGAUUCAAUUUCAAAGUUUGGAAAAACUACUAUCUAGCCUGGGAGAGCCAGGAGGAACUUGCGACGAUUUUCAACCGGAAUUGCUCGUUCAAUGACGGCUGUUGCGUGGAGGCUCCUAUAAAGGUGUCACGCACCCCUACUGGAGACGCUCGCAUUGUUAUUAUGGCAAGUGAUACGCCGCUAAGCCUGACCGAAAUUCAUGCAGGAGAGGGGAAUCAUGUCGGCAGAAUUGACUGCAAAUCCUCCCGACUACCGACCAACUUGACACCCAUACCACUGGUGGUCGAAUGCCAAACCACCGUGAGAUUUGAGAAUGACCACCUCCCACCAGAACGGGUCCUCAGUGUAGCCGUAUAUCAUGGAGAAGGUCUUGGCAAGCGACUAGUGGGCCACACGAGAGUACUCAUGAAGGGUACGCUUUGAGAGCGGCUGCGCCGAGGUUUCCUGCUCAGCUACUGCGUGCAACAGGUGUAGAGCAAGGACGGGAAUGAGAGUAGACAUCUUGUUUUGCUGAGAUAGAC